AGGCCGGGCGAAUGCGAGGCUGUGCCUUGGCCCAAGCUCCCUCUCCGAGCGUCUGCAGGCACAGCGACGAUCCAUUCCACCUCCUCUUCAACCUUGCUUUUGGAAGACUCCAACCCAGGGCCUGAGGCUGUAUCCAUAUCCAUAGUACAACCCCAACACCAACAUCGAUAAUGGCACCCCCCAGAGCCAAAGCCCGCGCUAGUCACCCGCAGCCACCGCCUCAGCCGUCCGACUACGAGACGGACGCACCACCGGCCGCUGUCGACGUGCCCCUCCCACCCCCGCGCUCCAACGAGGAGCUCAACUUCUCGGUCCUCGGGCGCAUCUACCCACAUCUCGUCGCCAUCGAGCAUGUCACGCCGUAUGCAGCCCUCUAUACAUUCAACCUCGACACGCAGCAAUGGGAGAAGGUCGGCAUCGAGGGCACGCUCUUCAUCUGCCAGCUGACGCCCUCCCCCAUGGGCGUCGAACGCUACUGUGUCAUCAUAUACAACCGCCGCGGCCUCGACAACUUCUACCUCGACCUCACUAGCAGUGACGACAUGGAGAUUACGGACCCCUAUGUCAUUCUUCAGGGCGACGAGGUAGUCUACGGCAUCUGGAUCUUCGCCGACCCGCCGCCUGCCUCGACGGCCAACUGUCGCGUUGAGACUGGCAACAAGAUGAUGGAGAUUGCCGACAAGGCACGAGCCAGCCGCGAGUCCAAGGAAAGAGAACACAGGCACGACAUCAAGGAAGCGACCGACCACGUCGAGGCCCCGUCUUCCGCUCCCAUGGGUCGCCAGCUGUCGCUGCGGGAGCUGUUCGGCCAGCAACGGGAACAGGAUGCAGGCUUCAGCGUACACAACCAUCACAGCCACCCAAUACCCCACCAGUAUCCACAACAAGGGUACCUGCCAACGCAGGCACCUGGACCAGCACAGCAAGACGUGCUAGGUCAGCUUUUCAUGAAAGCAAAGCAGGACUACAAUGGCCUUGGCUGAUAUGGUGCUCAAUUAGGUAGUGUCGAGAAAACCUAUGGGCAGUCGAAAUCAGAUGCCCAGGAUGCAAAGCAACUCAUCGAUGACGGACAAGGAGAUGAGACACCACAGCAGUCGGAAUCGUGCCGACUCGCUCGCACAAGAGAGGUC